UCGCCUCGACGGAGUCCAAGGCCAGUCCAGCAGCAAAAUGUCCUUCCAGGGCAAGAAGAGCAUACCGCGCAUCACGAGUGACCGCCUCCUGAUCAAAGGUGGGAAGAUUGUGAAUGAUGACCAGUCCUUCUAUGCCGAUCUGUAUGUGGAAGAUGGCUUGAUUAAACAAAUCGGGGAGAACCUCAUCGUCCCUGGGGGCAUCCGAACCAUCGACGCCCAUGGCCUGAUGGUCCUGCCCGGCGGAGUCGACGUGCACACCAGACUGCAGGCGCCCGCGCUGGGCAUGGCGCCCGCUGAUGACUUUGCGCAGGGCACCACAGCCGCCCUGGCGGGAGGGACCACCACGGUCUUGGACCACGUGUUUCCGGACGCGGGUGUGAGCCUGCUGGCGGCCUACGAACAGUGGCGGGAGCGGGCGGACGCCACAGCCUGCUGCGACUACUCCCUGCACAUGGACGUCCCCCGCUGGCACGAGAGCACCAAGGAGGAGCUGGAGGCCCUGGUCAAGGACAAGGGCGUGAACUCCUUCCUGGUCUUCAUGGCGCACAGGGACCGGUGCCAGUGUUCCGACGGCCAGAUGUACGAGAUCUUCAGCAUCAUCCGGGACCUGGGGGCCGUGGCCCAGGUCCACGCCGAGAACGGGGACAUCGUGGAGGAGGCCUCGGGGAAAAUGGAUGAGAAUGAGUUUGUUGCAGUGACCAGUACCAACGCUGCCAAAAUCUUCAACUUUUACCCCAGGAAGGGGCGUGUGGCUGUGGGCUCUGAUGCCGACCUGGUCAUCUGGAACCCGAGGGCCACCAGGGUCAUCUCUGCCAAGACCCACAACCUGAACGUGGAGUACAACAUCUUGGAAGGCGUGGAGUGCCGGGGGGCCCCGGUGGUGGUGAUCAGUCAGGGUCGAGUUGUGCUGGAGAGCGGGGCCCUCCUGGUCACCCCGGGGGCCGGCCGCUUCAUCCCCCGGAAGACCUUUCCGGACUUCGUGUACAAGAGGAUCAAAGCCCGGAACAGGCUGGCGGAGAUCCACGGGGUGCCCCGAGGCCUCUAUGACGGGCCUGUCCAUGAAGGGGCGCUGCCCGCCAAGCCGGGGAGCAGCGCCCCGGCCCGGGCCUCCUGCUCGGGCAAGAUCUCAGUGCUGCCUGUGCGUAACCUGCACCAGUCCGGAUUCAGCCUCUCUGGGUCUCAAGCGGACGAUCACAUUGCCAGACGCACAGCUCAGAAGAUCAUGGCGCCCCCUGGUGGACGCUCCAACAUCACCUCGCUCUCUUAGGC